CGUUCAUUUGGUAUAUACUUUUAAGCAAAUAGUAUGUGGGGAGGGGGGAUUUCAAAUUAUUUGAGAAACAUAAACGGCAAUUUGGAAAUAGCUACUGUUCAAAAACUCCAUCCGGUGUCCCCGCUCGGGAGCCCUUCACCGCCUUUUGCUGGCUCGGCGAUUGGACGAUGGCGACGGCGCCGCUGUUGUUCGGCCGUCCGGCAUUGACCACACUCAGGCCACCACCAUGCACUUCAGCACCUUCGAGUAUCUCGGCCUGGAGCAAGAGGGAAGAUGGAGCAGUUACCGGCUUCCCACUCUGCGCGCUGUCCAAGAGCGGCGGCCGCCUUCUGUCGACUCUGGAGAGGACGCGAGGCGACCCAGUGGCCACAGCCCGUCUCGUCCGCCGGUUGGUGUCGUCUUCGUCCCGCCCCCUCCUCCUCUCCACUCUCGACCAUAUUCUGGUCUCGGAUUCUCACUGGGAGUUUGCUCUACCGCUGUACGUGAGGCUUCUGGAGACACCUUGGUACCGGUGGAAUCCCAAAACGGUCGCCCGACUCGCGGCCCUACUGGAGAAGCACGGCCUGUCGACCGAAUCUCGAAGCCUGAUCUCCGACGGCGCAGUCAGGCUGAAGGGAAUGAAAGGCUCGAGUGGCUCGGCUGAGUUCUACUGUGACCUGGUCGAGUUCUAUUCUAAAAAUGGCUUGCAGCAACAGGUCUUCGAUCUCAUAUCGGAGAUGGCGAGCCAAUCGUCGUCCAUGUCUCGCUGUUACAGCGUCAUUGUCAACGCCUUGGCUCGACUGGACCUUCCGGACCAAGCGGAGGAGAAGCUGGAGGAGAUGGAAGCUUCCGGUUUCGGGCCAUCUGCCUUCGAUUUCCGGUCAGUGGUUCUCGCUUACGGGCGCGCCGGCCGGUUCUCUGAGAUGCAAUGUGUCGUUGAUAGAAUGCAGAAGAAAUUGGGGUUCUCCGCCCUCGACACGGUCUGCUCGAAUAUGAUCUUGACGUCUCUCGGCGAUCACGGGAAGCACGCCACGAUGAUCGAAUGGAUAAAGAAGAUGAGGCAUCUUGGGAUCGGCUUCUCGAUCAGGACGUAUAAUUCUGUAUCCAAUUCCUGCCCUCGGCUUUCCUCCAUCUUGAAAGCAGAGCCGAUUCCUCUGUCCGUGAAUGGACUAUUCCGGAGGCUCCGGUCGUCCGAAGAUUGCGAAGAUGAGAUGCUGCUCAUUGGCGAAAUUGUUUCCGCGAUUGGUCUGUUGCCUGAAACUGUUGGGUGGUCGAGCUCAGAAUGGAGAUUGGAUCUCCAUGGAUUCCACAUUUGUGCUGCUUAUUUAAAUUUGUUGCAGUGGUUGGAAGAGAUGAGGCUAAGAAUUGAUGACGGCGGCGCAAGGCCACCUUACGAGGUGUCGAUCGUCUGUGGUUCAGGGAAGCACAGCACUGUCAGAGGGGAGUCUCCUGUUAGGUCUCUGGUUUCUGGGAUGAUGUUCAGGACAAGGAGUCCCUUGAAGAUUGACAGGUUGAAUGGUGGAAGGUUUAUAGCAAAGGGAAAGGCUGUCAAAGAAUGGUUUUCUGCAGCAACCAUGAUUAACGAUGCUGGAGAUUAAUUCAUACUUCUACUAAUCAUGGUGGAAACUUCGUUUCCUAAGAAUAGUGUCUCUGAUCAUGCCCCAAAGCAGGCUGCCCUUCUGUAAUUGUGAUCGAGCCCUUCAGCUCACCAUUGUCUUUCAGCUCCUAUUAGAAUCAUAGAUUGGCUAUUUAAGUUCUCGGUUAAGGUAAUUCUUGAUUGUUUCAUGGGAGCAUUUGGAUGUCCUGCAUUGGUUUGGUGAGAGAUACUGUGGCCUUGUUUCGUUCCUCUUGAACCUCACCCUGUGAAUAUACAAGCCUUUUUCCUGUGUUAAGUGUUCGUCAUUCCCUACCGUGUUACUGAGGAUUGCAGCUUUGUGACGCCAGAUUAACAGAUAAGAGUUAUCAGCAACGUCCGACGGACAGUAUGAAGUAGCAGCACAGCUGCAUCAUGGAUGGCGAGUCUUUAUACGGAAUCGACAGGCGGCCUCUUGUGUUCAUGAGGCUCCAUCUUGCAAACAGAAGAUGAAGGUUGUAUAUGUGUUGGCUAGCAGCAAAAUGAUUAUAUGUUAUUGGAAGAUCUCCGUGAAGCCAUUUUAUUUGAA